AUGGCAACCCUGGUGAAUACAUAUUGGAAAAAUGUCCUCACUAUCGUGCCAAUUAUUGGGGCUGGUCUGGCUACGAUCACCUACCUGUUGCGUCUCUACGGCCGGCGGAUGAAGGCGGUGGGGCUGCAUCUGGAAGAUUAUCUAAUGGGAGCUGGUCUGAUCCUCUCCUACUGCGUCACAGCUUUUGUAGUAGAUACCGCCUUCAAUGGUGUCGGUUUGCCAAUCAGAUCCCUCCCCAAGGAUGAACGGCAGCGUGUUCAAUUCGGAUCAUGGAUGAUACAGAAGUUCUGGGCUCCGUCAAUGGCCUGUGUCAAGAUCUCAAUUGUCGUCUUUAUCAAACGGCUCUUCAGCUCGAUCCGGGCAUAUGUUAUUAUCUCCAACUGUCUGGCAGGAUUUAUCGCCGCAUGGGCUCUCGCUGCCCUAUUGACCAAUAUCUUCCAAUGCACCCCGGUGCAAUACUACUACAAUAAAGACUUGAAAGGACACUGCAUGUCAGGACAGGUCCAAUUCUUCCAGGUUAUGGGCUCGAUCGCAUUGGUUGAAGAUAUUAUCAUUUUCUGUCUGCCAAUCCCCGUAUUUUGGCGGUUACAGGUCAACCGUCGGCAGAAAUUAGGAUUAACCCUGGUGUUUUCUCUGGGUUUACUCGUUUGUAUCUUCAGUCUGAUGCGCCUGAUUGAAUUCCGGAAAUUCCAGCUCACCGACCUUGCCGCCUCAAGCGCCAAAGAGUCCAUCUGGACCUGCCUGGAACUUGAUGUGGCCAUCAUUUGUGGCUGUCUCCCGUUUCUCAACCCACUUGUGCAAGGGGUCCGCAGCAAAGUCAGAAGUGACCCCUCAAAAUAUCAUACUCAGCCUUCUACCGGAUCCAACCUGCAUUUACACUCGAUGCGGGGAAACAAAGGCGAUUUUCGAGCGCUUGGUAGUGAUUGUGGAGCGUCUGCGAAUUCAAAUGGUUACAAUGCUAUGGCUACGGCAGCUAGACAGAGCCCCGAUAUGGAAAAUAAUAGGGACGUGGACGGGGGGUCAGACAUGGCUCAUAAUAAUACUUAG